AUUUCAUUUUAAAGGAGAUGAAAAUUGAGAUGUUAGCCUUUGUACAGCAGAAUAGAUUAUUGAAAUGAAAAUCCAAACUACCAGUCAAGAAGAAAAUGUCUUAUCAUUUUUUUGUCAGUUCACAUUUCAUUGGUGUUAGCCUAGUAUCUCACUUUCCUUCAAUGUUUUGACAUUAUUAAUGGACAAAAAGGAAAUUCCUAAAAUUUGCAGUAGGCAGAAUAAAAUAAAGAUUGCAAAACUUCUUUUUUUUUUUUUUUUUCUUUUUCUGUGAAUUUACUGUUUAGGAAGAGGCCACCUGAAAUACUAGAUUUCUUAGCACUUUAUUAAGAGUAUUCAAUUAUCAUAGGUUUUAGAAAAAUAAAACUAGUAUCCAGCCUGUUGCCUUGCCUUCUCCUGUAUGAUACUUUUUGAAGAGUUAUAAUUAACACUGAGAACUGUUCUACCAUUGCCAUUGAAUUUUGUGUAUUAUAAUUUUCUGCACUUUGCAAGAUAAUUUCUUAAGUGAGAAUUCUUAUUCUUGUGGGUGCAAAUGUAGCAUUGUCCAAAACUAAUUGAUCCAAGAACAGCUACAUACACGAGACUGCUGACUUACACAGGCUGUGGAUCACAGCAGGAGGUGAGGUGUGAGGUGUCAUCCAGCUUCCCAAUUCACCCAAAACUGAGGCACACUUCAUUUGAGCCUGUUUAGGGAACCUGGGGGCUGUAGCCAGAAAUGGGUGGCUAAUUUUCCAAACAGAACCUCUGUCUGCACCUCCAGCAGCAGAGCAAACAGGGCACAGCCCCUUUGGCUCUGAAGAUGUGUUGUGGCAAUGCCUGCUUUAGUCUGGGGAAACCCUUUGCUCACCCCUGUGCCCUCAGUGGCCUCUCCUGGACCACAACCAGGGAGCAUUUAGGACAUAAAUAGGUGUGCCCAAGCUUAAACAGUGUCAGGGAGUACAGUGGUCAUGAAAAGGAUGCACAACAGAUGCAAGGCACUAGCCCCAUAUUAUCUAUUAAUACAGAAAAGCCUGCAAUUUUUUCUUGCUUGUGUAACAGUUCACAAAAGCAUAAACUUACAAGAUCCACUGGUUUUCCAUGCAACCAGAGUAAUCCUCUACAUACUCUCAUAUCCUGCCUUGGCUGCUCUAAACAUUUACUCAUAAGACAUAAGAAAAAAUAUAGUUAUUGCUAUAAUUAGCAUUCCUCUUCCCUGCCUAAUCCCAUCUGAAUCCGAAUAUAUAAGAACACAGAGAUUGAAUCAGAAUGUGUUUAUCUCUCAUCCACAGCAAAAAAUCUGUACAACAUCUCAGACAUGCACAAAAUCAUUUCACCCCAUGGUGUCUGAGCAACACUUUCUGUGUUUUACCCAUAGAUCAACUGGUGAGAUACAUUAUUUAUAGUCAGGAAACAAUUAUUGAAGUUUUUGGUUCUAAAUUUGACUGCAUUAAAUUACUAUUUGAUUUCAAAAUGAAAACUGUUGUACAGAACAGGCUAUAUAUGUGCUCACUAUGUAUUUUUAAUAUAUUUAUAUAUUGCUUAUGCAUAUAUUAUGUACACGUAUACAGACAUGUCUAUAUAUAUGUAUACACAUACGUAUUUUGGAAGGUUUUUUCUCCUUUUCACACUGUAACAAAAUGCCUCCUCUUCCACCUCCCCCUCCUUAAAUUUUUGUAUUUGUAGUCUUUUAAUUGUUGUGUUAACAGAAAAAAGAAAAGAAAAUAAGAAAGACAUUAAAUAAGAGCAGGGGCCCUAUCAAAUGGAAAAGACACUAUAAACACAAAUACAGGGAGGACAAAGUAAAAAGAGUGGGACAGAACCAGUUCCUUAUUUAUGCAAAAUUAGAUCUUGCAUCUAUCUUGUGACAUUGUGACCAUUGUCCUGGUACUCAAGGAAACCAUUCAGAUCACUGAAGUCACAGAAAAUACCUGUCAUCUUGUCUUAAUUUUAGCUUUUUAGCAGUUUUAGCAUCUCUGCUUCUUAAGAUUGUUUAAUCUCAUUUUCCUUAAAGGACCAGAAAAGAGCUCAGAAUAUGAUGAGGUAACCAUGAAACACAAAGCAAUCCUGUCUGUAGGAGCUAUGCCCUGAGUUCUUGUGUGUGGUAUAUGUCAUGAUAGUCAAAGUUCCUCAGCCCUGGUUGAACUGCAAAAAUCCUUCAUUUUUUGAUACUUAUUAAUCUCAGCAUAAAACCAGUAAGUGUCCCAUAAGAUGCCUCCUAACAUUUUGAUACCCAACUCAUAAAAACUCACAAAAGCCUUCCCAGUGACUGCUGAGUAUUGGAUUGUUUUUUGUUCUCCUGUGCGGUUGUAGUGAGGAUUUCAUAGAAAGAAGUGGCAUAUUCCAGAAAACCUCAGCAUGUUUUGGCUGUGUGUCAUUCUGAGGCACUCCCUCCCUGCCUUUGGAGUGGAUUAUGGAGCAUACAGAGAUCAUUACACAGAAGGAAACUCUAAAAUAAAUCCUACUUUUAUUUUUUCCUCCAGGUUGACACUCUUUCUUCCCUUCUUUUCAUUAUAUAUUACAUUUUGCUUCCAUUAUGUGCCAACACAAAGUCAUGGCUGGCAGCCAAGCUGCUUAACAGCUGCAGAACUCAGGAGUUUUGGAUAGUUUUCCUGGCUCUCCUAAUGCUUUGCUGUGUAAUUUGGGGAAAGUUCCUCCUUGCCUCUACUUAUCCAUUUCCCCAGAGUAAUAGAGAACAUUAAUCAUCACUGUAAGCUGUACUGAAGCCUAGAUCUGAAAAGUGCUUGUUAUUAAUGAUAUUAAUUUAUAACUUAUGAACUGUGUAACACACAACCAUUGUUGCAUUGAACUGGGGCUGGAAAAGGGCUUUUUUGCCAAAAGAACAGAUUUGUGGAGGUAGAAAAUUUUACAGAAGUAGCUUCUAGUCUUCUCUAACACUUUUAUAACCUGUAUAUUACUGUGAAUUAAAUUUCCAUGAAAAACAUUUGUCUGGACUCAAAGUUCAUACACUGUAUAUUUUGCUCCCUAGACCUUUCUUUUCAAUUACAUUUUACUAUUUUUUUUAAUGGGACUUUGACCUUAUUUACAAUUACAGAUUUCCUUUUUAAUUUCCCAGUCAUGUAUUAAAAUAGCACAUAAAGCUACGAACUUUAGGGCAAUGCAUUGCAGUUCUUUCCUCCUUUCUCAUCUUGAAAACCAAAGCGAUUGGUUUCUCACGAGAGGAGAAAUGCACAGAGAGCCAUAACACACACAGAUCCAUAAUUUUCACAAUUAACAUGCAGGUAAGAGAGUGCCCGAGCAGCAGCCAGCACGGCUCACAUUCUGACUGCUGUAGCGCCACCACCUUCAGCUACCCUGAAACCAGGGCUCAAUGGCUUAAGUUUAGGGUUUGUGUUAGCCACGAAUAAAGUCAAGAUCUGUAAAUGGUUUUGUAAAAUGGCUAAUUUUCUUUUUCCUCUCUCACCACUUUUCCCCUCAGCGCAACUGCUCAAUGUAGAUGCGCAGCCUUAAUCGGUUUAGUUGCAAGAAGAUAAUCUUUUUUUCUCCCCUUCUUGCUGUUGCCUGUUAGCUUAAAGGCUUUUUAGCUGAAGGUUGAUAAUUAUCACUGAGAAGAAACUAGCACAUCAGGAGUUCAUUUUCUAUCUUAGCACUUCUGGCGCUCCUUUGAACUCCUCGCACCAAGCCCGUGUUCCCACUCUGUCACUUUCCUCCCUCCAUCAUAAAAAGGUCUCGGCAGCCGGCGGCUCCAGCCUUUGCUGGUGGGCAGAGGGCAUCGCUUCUCCCGAGCGCUCCUCCAGCAUGGACAAACUGCAGGAGACAUUGAUAAACAUGGAAGACGCUUUGGGUACGGAGCACUCCGCCUGCUUGUCAUCCUGGGACUGGAAGAGCUCCGCUGGGCCUUUUGAGCUGCACCCCAUCUCGCCCCCGCACAGCUUGUCCCCGACGCCCUCCUUCGAGUCCUACUCCUCCUCGCCCUGUCCGGCGGCGGCCGAGCCCCCGUUCGGCGGCGGCGGCAGCGGCCUGGCGGCCUACGGGCUGCUGGAGUUCCCCGCCGCCUACCUGCCCAGCCCCGGGCAGGCCCGGCUGCCCAAGGGCACCAAGGUGCGGAUGUCGGCCCAGCGCAGGAGGAAGGCCAGCGAGAGGGAGAAGCUGCGGAUGAGGACCUUGGCCGACGCGCUCCACACGCUGCGCAAUUACCUGCCCCCCAUCUACAGCCAGCGGGGCCAGCCCCUCACCAAAAUACAGACCCUGAAGUACACCAUCAAGUACAUCAGCGAACUGACCGAGCUCCUCAACAGCGUCAAGCGGGUGUAGAGCCCCCGGCAGCGCCUGCCCCGGCACCCUCAGGCUCUUUACAAACCAAAACCCGGCAAAAUUCCUUCCUCGCCUGAGCGGUGGGGCCUGCUGUGAGAGGAGGGAGCCGCCGCUGGACCUGGGACACAGUGCCUGAAGGUGAUGUAGGAGUACCCGAAAACCUGAGCUGCAGGCUCCCGAGACAGAAGUCUUGCUCUUUGCCUUUCUUCAUUUUUUUGUUUUAAUAAGUUUUUGAGAAAUAUUGAACGUAGUCUGAUACAAAAGUAAAAAAAAAAAAGCCAGCUCAUCUUCCUAGGAUUUACAUAUCACUGUUCUGACUGAGCUUGUUUUAUAAGGACGAUAGUAAAUCCAUGGGUGUUAAACUGAAUUUUUAAAAAUGACAACAGCUUUAUAAGAAUACUAAGUGUAGGCACUUUAAUCAUAGGAUGAGGAAGAACAUGUAUUUAGUUCAAGUAUUGUCUAUUUAUCCAUGUUUCCACUGUACCUAAAAAUCAAGAGAGUAAAUAAUAGUGAGAAAUCUUUGCAUGUAAACAAAUAAAUGUGUCAUAGUCUGUAUCCUGUAUUAUAAAUCUGAUUGAUAGAUAAGUUUUUUGAUUGAAAAUCUAGUGAAGACUGCUAAAUAUUGAAAAUUAAAUAUAAGCAAGCUGACAUUUUGUACAGAUAAAUUGCUGUUAAGUCCUCUCUUCUUUAUUAAUAUAUACAGACAUAAAAUUUUUCUAUAUUUAAUGUGUAAAAACCUCCUUCAAUGCUGAUAAAUGAUGGAAAACAUUUUUGCAUCUAAUUUCUUAAACAAAUAAGAUUAGAUUGAAAUGGCCUGCUCUCUGACAUGAAAUAAAUUGAUUCAGGUUUCACAAAGAUGUCAAGUUCUAUUCUCAAUGUGUACUGAAAACUAGGAGGGCUCUGGUAAUCAUGUUGUUUUAUUAAAAGCUGUCAGAGCAGCUCUUUCCUACAACCAGGCACAGUCCUGUAACAAACGCACACAGAAGAUUUUUUUAAAAAAAGAAACAACUGGGUACGUAGUUUUAAUUUUUAAUUACUUUG